CUCAAUGACUACAAGUUAAAAGCGACUCGCCCCUCUAAGAAGGAGAAACUAAUGAGCGCGUUCUGAGAGCACGUUUCCUCAUUAAUAGACAAAUUGCCUCAAAUAGUCCUGUGCUGAGAUCCACGCAGAGUCGCCCUUUGCGCUGUCGUAGGUGAAAGGUUAUAAUUAGACGUUUCCACUUAACGUUUUUUUGAUGUAAAAAAACGUGAUCUUUUAAAUGCAACGCUGCUUGAUCUAUGAGAAGACGAUGGCACCAGAGACGAGGAACGGCGGCAUCUCACUGAAUAAUAAUAUCUGUAAAGACAACAGCAGGAAGAAGCUGCUGGUUGGAGUGGAUCUCUUCUGCCUCUUUCUAGCCGGCCUUCCUUUCCUGGUCAUUGAGACCAGCGCCAUUCAGCCCUACCGUCGCGGCUUUUACUGUGACGAUGAGUCCAUCAAGUACCCGGCCAAAAACGGAGACACCAUUAGCGACGGUGUGCUUUGCGCUGCUGGCAUUCUUAUCGCCAUCCUGUCUAUCAUCAUUGGAGAGAGCUACAGGAUCCACUAUCUGAACGAGGGCUCCAAGUCAUUUGUGGGCAAUCCCUACAUUUCUGCCCUCUAUAAGCAGGUGGGCGUCUUCAUCUUUGGCUGUGCCAUCAGUCAGUCCUUCACAGACAUCGCCAAGGUGUCCGUCGGCCGAAUGCGGCCGCACUUCCUUGAUGUGUGCAAACCGGACUUCUCCACCAUCAACUGCUCCCUGGGCUACAUAACUGACUACUAUUGUCAGGGGCAAGAGAGCAAAAUUCAGGAGGCCAGAAAAUCUUUCUUCUCCGGACAUGCAUCGUUCUCCAUGUACACCAUGCUAUAUCUGGUGUUUUACCUGCAGUCCCGUUUCACUUGGCAUGGAGCCCGCCUGCUGCGCCCCCUGACACAGUUCACCCUCAUCAUGAUGUCUUUCUACACCGGCCUGUCUCGCGUCUCAGAUCACAAACACCACCCCACCGAUGUCCUGGCGGGUUUUGUACAGGGGGCCUUGGUGGCCUACUGCAUAGUGUUCUUUGUGUCAGACUUGUUCAAGCCCAAAGGCAGACGUUCGACUGUAUCGCCAACUCUGGUGAAGAAGGAUCUGGUUCCUCCAGCAGAUAUCAGAGAGCGGAGCAACCAUCUCAUCAUGGCAUAGAGAGGAGGCCACAUUCUUCAACAUACAUGCUGACCUGUGCCUUUUACACUCACUGAUACACCCACUGACCGUGACAGGACGAGUCGUGUAAUAGUCUCGACGGUGCAGGCCAAUACACGACCAUUUUAAUCAGGAGGGUUGAAGGUGGAAAGGGCAGUAAACAUGAACCCAGACGCGCCGGUUGUGCACUCUCGAUGGCAGUCUCUGCUGUUUUCUCAACCUUUCAGGCAUUUGAAUGUGGAAAAUAGAGGAAGACGUCCCUCUUCCCGUCACGUCACAGAACAGCCCUGCCUUGCAGAUUCUCCUAACUGCAGACCAGUUUAGCCAAGGUCGCCACGUGGUCGUCACGCGGAAACCGACUGCGACGGGGAAUUGACAGCUGCAAAGCAAAGAACUAUAAAUGACGUUUGGCGUCUUCUCUGCACGGCUGCAGCCAAGGCGGGAGCCACGCUGGUGUUACCGUCCAUCCUUCACUGUGCCUAAAGCAAAGCAAAAACAUCACGGACAAAAAGCAUUCCUUAUCACAGGAAGGAGGUUUUAUUGUCUUUUAUUUUGUUUUUACUGAAAAGGAAAAACUUUUUUAUUAUUAUUUUAGCACUAUUUUAUCCAAACUCAGUAUUGUUUGUCACCACUUGAAUUAAGUGAAGUGAAGCUUUUGGAAAGCUCGUUUGCAUGAGCCGGUUGCAGUAGCUGGCAAGUACGCUGAGGGUGUUCGCCGUAUUUAGGAUGUGGGCCUCCUUCUGCUGGCUAGGACGAGCCCCCCGCUGAGCCUUGUAAUGAAACGAUUGUUGCGUUAUGUGAACCGGACGGGUGUCCACAACUGUUCAGUCCGAGCGACUGUGGGCCAGUGUGUAUGCAUACAUAUGCGUGUGUGUGAUUGUGUGAGUGAUUGUGUGGUCUUACUGUCUUGUCUUUAUAUCAGUGUUUCGUAGCCUGCGAGGUGCGCCUUCCUUGACAGAUUUAGACUUAGAAGAGGAAAUGGGCACCUGCAUCAGAGGACACAUAGUUUAUAGGAUGACAACUGUGGAGAAUACACGUGAUAUAUCUUAUGAUUUCGAUUUAUAUUAAUUAUUCACCUCACCGAGUGAAUCCUGUGACAAUAUAUAGUACACAGCCGUUUAUACUGUUUACUAGGCAUCACAACAGUGACUUCCUUAAGAAUUGGUCUUCCGGCUUAUUGGCGACAUAUGGCAUUACCACAAAGUCCUAGCAUGCCGUUUUGGCACAUAGAAUGAUAGCUUGACAACGUCUCACCAGGGCCCCGUGUGACGGUGCCAGGGGCCAAUGGUGAGUUGCUGCAUUAUCAAGGGCGAAAAAUAUUAUUAGCACGUUCACUGAGUUUUAAGUAAGCGUCCAGUUGACGAUGUUAUAAGCAUUUCAUCAAAACCUCGGUGGGCCUGUGUGUCUCACCACACUGGUCAAAAACCACUUCCUGGCGGUAUCUCAUUACAGAGAUAUUGCUCGGGUUUUAAAUGAUAUUUUUUUGGGGGGGGGGGUCACAGUUUUAACAUGUUCAUGAACCCUGUUGCUAUUUUGAAUUGUUUUGAAGGAGUAUGUAAAAUGUCACAAGAAUUGUUUCAGCAACAAUACCAUGUACUAAACUGUUAUCAUAAAUCUAAAUAUCUACCUUUUGAACAAAUGUCCAGUAUGUGUUGAGACCUGUGUAAAUGUCAAAAGUGCUGCUUAAAGAGGCAUCGACUGACAUGUGUCAUGUAGUGAAAUGACAACUUGUGAAUAUGAAGUUUUAUGAAAGAAAAUCUCCCUCGGCGGACUGCUUCAGGAUGUUGUCAUUAAAAAAAAAAAAAAAAAGCCUUUCAAUAUUUUUUUAUUGUCUUGUGUGACACUUUUGUACAAUGAAAAUGUAAGACGUAUGUACCACAGAUAAAGUGUCUUUAAUAAAAUGCAGAAAAAGGU